CCCUAAAAUCAUCGCCCCCAAUCUCCCGGUAUUGAUUUCCCCCGCACGCGAAUCCCGAGCGCAGCGCGGCGAGCCCGGCUACCGGCGGCGGCUCUGCCGUCGCCCGCUCCCGCCGGCACCGGCACCGACACCGGGAGCCGCACCGGUACCGGCGCUCCAUGGAAGGGCAGCGGCUGCCGCCGGAGCGCCUGAAGUUUGCCCGGAGCGAGGGAUGAGCGAUGGAGGGGCCGAGCCCGGCGGGAGCCCCGUGCUGCUGGCCGAGCCCGCGGCCACCGGGCGGGCCCGGGAGAAGCUGCCGACCCGGGCGGAGCUGGAGAGCGCCCUGCGCGCCGGCGGCGGCGGCGGCAGCGGCGGAGCCGCCGGCGGCUUCAAGGACAUCGCGGGAACGUCGGCGGUCAGCCCCGGCUCCUCCAAGCAGUGCGCCCCGGACACCGAGAGCCCGUCGGGGACCGGCGAGGCGGAUUACUGCCGCCGCAUCCUGGUGCGAGAUGCCAAAGGGACGAUCCGGGAGAUCGUGCUGCCCAAGGGGCUGGACCUGGACCGGCCCAAGCGGACGCGGACGUCCUUCACGGCGGAGCAGCUCUACCGCCUGGAGCUGGAAUUCCAGCGCUGCCAGUACGUGGUGGGCCGGGAAAGGACGGAGUUAGCGCGGCAGCUCAACCUCUCCGAGACGCAGGUCAAGGUGUGGUUCCAGAACCGCCGCACGAAGCAGAAGAAGGACCAGAGCAGGGACUCUGAGAAACGCUCCUCCAGCACCUCCGAGUCCUUCGCCACCUGCAACAUCCUGCGGCUGCUGGAGCAAGGCCGCCUCCUGUCCGUGCCGGCCCCCCCGAGCCUCCUGCCCCCCACUUCCAACCCCGUCCCGGUCGCCAGCCCCGCGGCCAGCCUGGCCCCGCCGCGCCCCGCGUCCCCGGGGCUGGGCGGCGGCAGCAGCCCGCCGGCGCCGCCGCCUUUCGGCCUGCACGUCCCGCCUCUGGCCGCUUCCUCUUCACCCUCCUCAUCCUCAUCGUCGUCGCCGCGGCUGCCGGGGAGGCCGCUGUGUUUCGGGGGGCCGCUGCUGGGCGGCCUGCACGAUCUGCCCGCUCCUUACCCGCCGGGGGCGUCCGCGUUCGAGCCUUACACGCGGCUGGAGAGGAAGGACAGUUCUGUACCCAGCAAGAAGCCGAGCCCUUAA